GAAAUCAUUAACUAUCGCGCUUUAACUUUUCGUACAGAAAAUGACUACAUAUAUGGAUAAAGGUCCGAAGCCCAUAGGUGGAAAAUUUUUAAGUUUCCACCAUCUCGUAUUCUGGGUUGGAAAUGCAAAACAGGCAGUCAGUUAUUAUUGCACUAGAUUGGGUUUUGAACCUUUGGCUUACCGCGGUUUAGAAACUGGCUCUAGACGCAUAGUAUCAUAUGUCAUCAGACAAAAUCAGAUUAUUUUUGUAUUUGAAUCAGCUUAUGAACCUGAUAAUGAAGAAAUGGCAAGCCAUCUUUCACGACACGGAGACGGUGUUCGUGAUAUUGCAUUUAAUGUUGAAAAUAUUGACAUCAUUGUACAAAUCGCAAAAGAAAGAGGGGCAGUAAUAAUAAACGAUAUCUGGGAAGAAAGUGAUGAAUAUGGGACUGUGAAAUUUGCUACCAUACAUACAUAUGGGGACACAUAUCAUACACUAAUAGACAAAUCCAGUUAUAAAGGAUUCUUUUUACCAGGAUUUCAAAAGCUUCCGGAAGACCCAUUUUCAAAGAAUUUACCAAAAGUUGGAUUAAAUUUUGUGGACCACAUUGUUGGUAAUCAAUAUGAUAAACAAAUGGAGUCUGUCGCAAGAUGGUAUGAGCAAUGUUUACAAUUUCAUCGAUUCUGGUCAGUCGAUGAUACUCAACUACACACAGAAUAUUCAGCCCUGCGUUCUAUCGUUAUGGCAAAUUGGGAGGAAACUAUAAAAAUGCCUAUUAACGAACCUGCUCCUGGUAAAAAACGUUCUCAAAUUCAGGAAUAUGUUGAAUACUAUGGAGGAGCAGGAGUGCAACAUAUUGCUCUUAAUACAAAUGAUAUAAUUACAGCUAUACAAAAUCUACGAGCUAGAGGAGUAGAGUUCCUGGAUGUUCCAGACACUUACUAUAAUAUGUUAAAAAAUCAUUUAAAGACCAAAGGUGUACAAAUUUUAGAAGAUCUUAAUAUACUUCAGAAAUUAAAAAUUUUAAUUGACUAUGAUGAAAAUGGGUACCUCUUACAAAUAUUUACUAAAAACAUGCAAGAUCGACCAACACUCUUUGUAGAAAUCAUUCAAAGGCACAAUCAUAAUGGAUUUGGAGCUGGAAAUUUUCAAGCAUUGUUUGAAGCUAUUGAAAUGGAACAAGCUAAACGUGGCAAUUUGUAA